AUGAAAUUCACAGUUGAAGGAGUUGAGCAUGAGCUUUCACGAUCACUUGAAGCCGAGUACGGUGAUGCAUUUAAAUCGGCAUGCGAAGGGAUGAGCAAAGCGCUGGAAAUCAUUCGAUCACCUGGUUUCGUGGAGCGAUCCGGUUGGAAAGUCGAUUGCAGUAACGAUUAUGUAACCGUACACUAUAAGGAUAUGGACGGACACCGGUAUUUCGCUGGAAAGACUAUAGUGGCCGUGCCAGCUACAGUGAUUAUGGAUUCGCACUGGAAUGGUCUGGCCAGUGUCAACGAAUACAAUGACAAUAUGAAGUUUGGUAGACGUGUGAAGCAGCUCACCAAUGAUAUCGACGUCGCCCACUACGCGUCGAAUGAAAAAUUCAUGGUGAAGAGCCGCGACUUUCUAUGCGGAAGAAUGAAGCAAAAGGUUGCCGAUGGUUUUGUUCUCUCGGGUCGAUCCUGCGUUGUCGACUCGGUUCCUCCAGGCAAGGACGCCGUCAGGUGA